CAAUAAUUCCAACUAUAGAUUAUUUUUGUAAAUCCCAGAUAUUACCUGCUAUAACAUGUGAUUUUUAAUAGAAAUUAAGCAUAAAAAUUAAAAGUUGGGAUUAUUUAUAGGGAUUAUCUGUUAUAUCUCUUCUCAUCUACUUUAGAAACUAUAUGAAUUUAUUUAUAGUCGGUCAUGUCGGAGCAUUAUUGGCGAAAGUUCCCUAAAGUUGGGAUUAUUAUGAAAUAAUCGAUAGUUGAGAUUAUUAUGAGCAGACCGCGAAUAGUUGGGCACAUGGGAUUAUUACAAUCAAUUUUUCCUAAAAUAUAUCCCACACACCUAGAUAGAAUGGUUUGAAUAAUACUUUACAGAUUAACUUAUUGGGCCAUGGAACCCAAGCCCACUAAUUUCCUACCAUUCAUAUUGGGCUAAUAUUUGACUCCACCCCUGAAGACUCUGGUCUCCUAUCCGCAAUUCACCCUUCUCCUUCAGUCCUUCAUCGUCCAACCAGUUGAAUAUGGCGGAAAAAAGUAAACAUGUGAGUGGACAAACCUCGGGAAUCUCUAAUUCUGUACUGAAUGAAAGGAUCCUGUCCUCUAUGUCUCACAAAUCUGUAGCUGCUCACCCAUGGCAUGACUUAGAAAUUGGUCCAGGUGCACCAGCGGUGUUUAAUUGUGUUGUUGAGAUAGGAAAGGGUGGGAAAGUUAAGUAUGAACUUGAUAAAAACAGUGGCCUUAUCAAAGUGGAUAGAGUUCUUUACUCAUCUGUGGUUUAUCCACAUAACUAUGGGUUUAUUCCGAGGACAAUCUGUGAAGAUGGUGAUCCAAUGGAUGUCCUCGUACUUAUGCAGGAGCCUGUUCUACCUAGUACCUUUCUUCGUGCUCGUGCAAUUGGAUUAAUGCCUAUGAUCGAUCAGGGUGAAAGGGAUGACAAGAUAAUAGCAGUGUGUGCUGAUGAUCCUGAGUUUCGUCAUUAUAAUGACCUUAAAGAACUUCCUCCACACCGUCUUGCUGAAAUCCGCCGGUUUUUUGAGGACUACAAGAAGAAUGAGAACAAAUCUGUGGCAGUGGAAGACUUCUUGCCUGCAGAAGCUGCUGUUGAUGCUAUUAAAUACUCCAUGGAUUUGUACGCUUCUUACAUUGUGGAGAGCUUGAGGCAAUGAUCCAAUUGCAGGUCAGGUUGAGGUUUUGCACCUUUAGGGCAAUCCCUGGGCCGAACAACUGUCUGAACUUAUGUUGUGGUAAAAAGAAAUACCGUGGUAUAUAGAACUUCUGGUACAAAGGCCAAAACAUUGCUUUAAUCAAGCAGGUCUGAGUUAUGUUGAGGACCACCUUUUGGCUAACAUAGCCUCCCGUGGGGACCAACAAGAGGUGGGCGUCCCUAGAGAGAGAACGCUAGAAAUAAUCUGUGGUUCCAUACAUUAUUUUAGCAGCUGUUGCUGUUAGUUAACUCUUCUUAAUAUGGAGUACAUGUUUACAAAAAAUCAAGAAAGAGUCCUCGUUUAAAUAAG